UAGCCUCCCCAAAGGCAUUCCAAGGGGAGGAAGAAUAAGCCUUGGUCUUCUUUUUCACCAAAAGGAGAUUCAAGGCAAAAAAAAUAAAAAGAUGUCUGGGAAAAUAGUUGUCUCUGUUGUUUCUCUCAUUCUCGUAGUAGGUGUUGCAAUCGGUGUUGUGGUUACUGUUAAUAAGAAAGGUGGGGAACCCUCCAUCCAGUCCGAUCAAAAAUCCGUUGAGAUUAUCUGUCAAAACACUGAUGACAAAAACCUUUGCCACAACACUCUCAGCUCUGUCAAGGGUCUUGACGCCGCUGACCCUAAGGCUUACAUUGCCACGGCAGUGAAAGCCACCAUGGACAGCGUCAUCAAAGCGUUCAACAUGAGUGACAGGCUCGCCACCGAGCACGCAGACAAAGACAACGGCACAAAAAUGGCCAUUGAUGAUUGCAAGGACUUAUUACAAUCAGCCAUCCAAAGUCUUCAACUCAGCACUGACAUGGUGCAAAAUAACAACAUCCAUGCCGUGCAUGACCAAAGUGCUGAUUUCAAGAACUGGCUUAGUGCAGUUAUCUCAUACCAACAGGCGUGCAUGGAAGGAUUCGACGAUGGCAAAGAAGGUGAGAAGAAGAUCAAGGAGCAGUUCCAAAUAGAGAGCUUAGACAAGGUGCAAAAACUCACUGCCAUCACCCUUGAUAUCGUGAGUGGUUUAUCACACAUCCUCGAAAAAUUUGGGUUGAAGUUGAACCUUAAACCCGCCUCCCGUCGUCUUCUCAGUAAGGACGGGUACCCCACUUGGUUCUCUGCUUCAGAUCGCAAGCUCUUGGCUCAACUUGGACGUAAAGGAUGGAGAUCACACAUCACACCUAAUGUCGUAGUUGCCCAGGAUGGCUCUGGUCAGUUUAAAACCAUUGCCGAGGCAAUUGCUUCUUACCCCAACAACUUCCAAGGUAGAUAUAAUAUCUAUGUUAAGGCUGGUGUCUAUGAUGAAUACAUCACUGUUCCUAAGAACGCCGUCAAUAUUCUCCUCUAUGGUGAUGGCCCUGGAAAGACCGUUGUCACUGGUCACAAGAACUUCCGUGAUGGUGUGAAGACAAUGCAAACUGCCACUUUUGCCAACACUGCUCAAGGAUUCAUUGCCAAGGCAAUGACAUUUGAGAACACUGCUGGAGCUGACGGACACCAAGCUGUGGCUUUUAGGAACCAAGGAGACAUGUCAGCAAUUAUUGAAGCUGCCCAGUUCACCCCUGGCCAAUUCCUCCAGGCUGGAGUUGGCUCUGGAGCCGAUUGGUUGAAAGCUCUUCAUGUUCCUCACGCCCUUGACUUCGUCAAACCUUGA